UACGCGUCUUGUUCUUCUUCUUUGAAAGCAACUUCUUCGUAAUUCAUCAAAGUUCCCAUUUUUAUUUUUAUAUAAACCAACCGGAUUCUCUCUCUGGUGGAUUCAGCUCCGUUCGUUACCUUCCUUUUCUCAAUCUCGUUCUUUUCGUGCAAACCCUAAUCUCUCUUUUGCUUCUUAACAUCAAUCCAAUUCCUCUGUUCAAUUCAUGUCGAUGAUGUCGGGUAUACAAGGCCAGGUUCUCGAGGUCACUGUUGUUGGGUGCCAGAAAUUGAAAGACACCGAAUGGUUUUCAAGGCAAGAUCCAUACGUCGUCCUUGAGUACAGCGGCGCAAGACACCGUACCAGAACCUGCACAGAUGGUGGAAAGAACGCUGUUUUCCAAGAGAAGUUUAUGUUCACUUUGCUUGAAGGGCUUAGGGAUCUUAAGGUAGCUGUCUGGAAUAGCAAUACUCUCUCCACUGAUGACUUCAUUGGGAAUGCAACGAUUCAAUUGCAGAAGGUUCUUUCUCAGGGAUAUGACGACUGCACCUGGACUCUUCAGACUAAAACUGGGAGAUUCGCUGGAGAAGUAAGACUCAUACUGCAUUAUGCAGGAGCAAAGAAACAUAAUUAUGCGGCUGCUCCAUCAGCUCCAUAUGCGCCUCAAGUGCCUCAAUACUCAGCACCCCCUUCUGCAUCUCCGUAUUCAUCAGCACCUCCUUCUGCAUCUCCGUACUCAUCAGCACCAUACACUGGACCAUCUCUAUACCCACAAGUACAACAAUACCCACAGCCAUCAGGAUACCCACCAGCUUCAGCCUAUCCUCCUCAGCCAUCUGCGUAUCCUCCUCCUCCGUCAACCUCGGCUUACCCUCCGGUACCUUCAGCUUACCCUCCUCCUCCACCAUCCUCAACUUACCCUCCUCCUCCAUACCCUCCUCAACCUUCGUAUUACUCACAAGGUCCAUACCCAGGACAAUACCCACCUCCUCCGUACUAAAAGCUCGGGCGUUUAGAAUUUGACGGAAAAUGGUUAUGAUGUAUAGAUAAUAGUGAUGGUGUUUCCUAGAAUAUGGUGACGAAUUUAUUUCCUUCUUUUAUAUCUUCUUUGUGCUAUUGUUGGCCUUUGCAAAUUCUAGCGUGCUGGUUAAUUUUUUGUGAUGCUUAUUAGAAGUUGGAAACUUUUCAUAUUAUUAAGAUCGCAGAUUCUCUUUCAAAUCUAUUGAAUUAUUACUCCAAACCCUU